AUGUUCUGCCCUCUUCACGUUCUAUCUCCUACUAUCUAUUUUUCUUCUUUUUUCUUUUUUUUGCUUGACUUGGGCCGGCCCCGCCACUUGAAGUUUUUUGUCGUUGUUGUCGCCUCUGCGCUGGGAAGGCGGCAUUCAGCAAGCUCGUGUGCCGUACAAUUGCAGCUGUGCGACGCCAUUAGGGCGGUAAAGAUGGACGGCGUCAAGGGAAAGUCUGCCAUGCUGAUGACCAGAGGCAUCAUGGAGAUGCGACAGAAUCCGCCUGGGCUUAUUUGUACCAUCCGGCGGUUUAAGCAUCCUGCCACGCAGAAGGAAGUUACGCUGUACCCCGUCCCCAGCAUUGCCGCGCCGCAUUACUUUAGACGAGUUCUGGACGGUGACGCUUUGGCAAGAAACUUUGAUAAGGUGCUAUGUGAGGACGGUAGACUGCCCUUUAAGGCGGGAUCGCGUUUGGCGCGGCGGCAGCAGGUCCUGAGACGCAUGUUUCCUUUUAUUGGGCUUAGGCCGGUGUCCGAUGAGGGCAGUAAGUUUGAUGGAAUUGUUCAGCGCGACCCAGUGGAGUCUCGUAUGGCGUAUCAGAUGGUCUUAGAUGGCGCAGAUCCGCCCGUUGACCCGCGGGCACGGCGUGCCAUGGAGCGCAUCGAGACAUAUCCGGACGGUACACGUGUGGUGUGUCCGUGGGGUGUGUAUCAUAUCGUUUACAUGAACCACAAGCUUCGCCAGCUAGGAUACGUGGCGGAGGACGAGGAGACAGUGGAGGUGGUGGGCUACAGGGAGGCCUUGCUUGUCUCAGGCAUCUUAGUAGUGUUGACCUUUUGGAUGGCCUACGCGGUCCUUAGAAUUAUUUUCGGGUAG